AACGACAACUCAGGAUUUAUCCAUUUUGAGGCCGCCUCAAUCUGGGCUAGCACCAACGCAGCAGCCACGGUUUCUUCAUGCAGGUUCAACUUUCGUAAUAUUAACUUCAAUUUUGCAAGUAGCUAGGUGCAGCAGGUGCAGCAGGUGCAGAUUGGAGCCACCCGGCCUACUCUAAAUUGUUGCUUUUGAUGACGGUUUUGAAUUGUACACACAUGCUCAUUGAGGGUCUAGCUCCUAGGGACAGCGCGAUGGCGGCAAAGAGAAGCUUCCGCCUAUGUAGCCUUGUUUUCCUGUCACUCUUGUGCUUCUCGCAUUCUGCGGGGGCGAACGUUAUAGAUGAUGACAACACAGCAAGACUUUUGGAGCUAAACGACAAAACCUUUGAGCAUGACACGCAGGCAGCAAGUGGGCAAACAACGGGGGUCUGGUUCGUCCUUUUUGGCGCACCAAACUGCCCCGCCUGCGAAGCAAUUGAAAAGGCAUUUCGCGAACUUGCACAAGACUUUGAAGACAACGCAAUCUUGGCGAAGGUUGACGUAACGGGAAACCCCGUCACGGCCUAUCGUUUUGACAUCCAAAGCACGCCCAUCCUGAAACUGUUCCGGGACCGGAAAAUGUACUCGUACACGGGAGGUCAUUCGGCAGACCAGUUCAGAGAGUUUCUGGAGGGCGGGUAUCGGGCUGCGCCAGCUGAGAGCGUGCCGCUCGAGAAAGGCGUGGUGCAGCAACUGAGGGAGAAGCUGGCCACCGCGUGGGCUGAGUACAAUAAGUUGAACCCUCUUGCGCGGCUGUCUGGCGCUCUGCUUCUACUCCUGGUGGCCACAUCCUUAAUCCGGUUCCAGCAAGCGGGGACAGAUCGAGUUAAAAAGACAAGCGCUCGAGUGAAGCAGCUACACAAAGCGCAACAAGAGAAGAAAGGGCGAUGAAGUAUCUAAGAUAUCGAACCUGGUCAUUGAGUGCUUUGGAAAGCGUUUGUAUCCUUCGCUUCAACCAUCUCGUAUCACGUCGUGAUUUCAAUGGAGUCUAGUCAAUCUAAAGUGCCUGAAUCCCGUCACCUCGAAAGAUCAAUCUUCGGUCAUGUGCGGUUGCCCUGCAACAUCUCCAUUCAACCUGCAUUUCAGUGUGUCAAGAAUGAGACCAAUGCAUAUCCGCG